CCCCAGAUGCCAGCUCCCUGCGGCUGUGCCGGGCAGAGGCGUUGGUGGCCCUGGGACAGCACCGCCAGGCGCUGGAGGACCUGGAGACUGUGUGCAGGGCUGAGCCAGGAGAGCACGAGGAUCGGGAGGGAGAGCUGGUGGAUGGCAGAGGGGAUGCUGGGUCUGAGCAGGACCAAGGGACAGCCACCCAUCCCCAGCUGGGGCGAUGGCAGGAACCGGAGACGUCGGCAGAGGGGCAGGACCGGCAGUUGGUAGAUAGCGAAGAGGAAACAGCAGCGGUGAAGUAUACCCAGCCGUGCCUCGGGGAGCUGCUGAGCCUGGCUGACCUGGAGUGCUCCCUCUGCAUACGGAUGUUUUUUGAGCCGGUGACAACACCAUGCGGGCACACCUUCUGCAAGGAGUGCCUCGAACGCUGCCUGGACCACCGGCCCAACUGCCCCCUCUGCAAACAGAGCCUGCGAGAGUACCUGAAGGCUGGAAGCUACAACCCCACCGUGCUGCUGCAGGAUAUCAUGCUGGCCACCUUCCCCGCCCAGCUGGCCGAGCGCCGGGAGCUGCACCGGGCUGAGAUGGCCGAGCUCUCCAACCUGACCAAGAACAUCCCCAUCUUUGUAUGCACGAUGUCCUUCCCAGGCAUUGCCUGCCCUCUGCACGUCUUCGAGCCCCGCUACCGCCUCAUGAUCCGGCGGUGUCAGGAGACCGGCACGAGGAGAUUCGGCAUGUGUAUAUAUGAGAAUGGGAAAAGUUUUGCAGACUACGGCUGCAUGCUGGAGAUCCGGCAGAUCGAGCUGCUGGCGGAUGGGAGGUCCUUGGUGGACACCAUCGGCCGGCAGCGGUUCCGACGCCGCGGGCACCGAGACGGCUACAACACCGCUGACAUCGAGUUCCUGGAGGACAAGAAGGUGGCUGGGGAGGAGCUGCAGGAGCUGCAGUGCCUGCACGAGAGCACCUACCGCCUGGCCCAGCAGUUCUGCGAGCAUGGGGACCUCGCCUCCAGGCACCUUUUGAUGCAGCACGGACCGCUGCCGGAGAAGGAAGAAGACAUCCAGGCUUCGGCAGACGGCCCGACGUGGUGCUGGUGGCUCAUCUCCAUGCUCCCCCUUGACCCGUCCUACCAGCUGAACCUCUUCUCCACCACGUCCCUGCGCGCCCGCCUCACCCAGCUGCAGCGCAUCCUCGCCGCCCUGCUGCAGCAGCCCCCCGCCCGGCACCUGCUGCCCGAGCAUAGCCCCCGGGGCCACGUCUGA